AUGAAGGGAAAAACCCCAAAACCUACGAAAGUUAGGGGAAGAAAAAAGCUAUCUAAUGGCAGAAACACGUUGCAGCUUCAUUUCAGCAAAUUCUCUCUUAAUCAGUACAAACCUUUACCAACAACAGCUUGUCCUUCUACCGCCUUUUCUCGUCUCCGGAGCAUGAUCGAAGCCGAGGCCAACGAUAGCCCUACCAUUUGCGUAAGGGAUACUGACGAAGCUGCCGAAACGGAUUCAAGAGAUUGUAUUCUCAGUCAAGAUUUAUUUUGUUCUCCAGAUUAUUUAACUCCGGAGAAUCAACGGAUUUUUAACUGUUUGACAUUCAAUAAGGAUAAUAGUCCUUGCCCUAAAUCGCCGGAGAAAUUGACGACAAGAAACAAGAGAUGUAGGCUUGAUGAUGUCUAUGGAAAGUCUCUUAGCCCUACCAUUUUUAAUGACCAUCAACAAGAUGUGGAACUUGAUAAGGACUCUGUUGCAGAGGAAGUAUCUCUUGCAGAUGAAGUUUCUCUUGAUAAAUUAAUGGUAGCUGGUAAACCAAAUCCCCAGAAUUAUGUGUCACACUCAGCAGCUGCAUUGCGUUGCAGGGCUAUGCCUCCUCCUUGCUAUAGGAACCCCUAUUUAAAAGAUGUUGCACAAAAGGAGAUAGAUCCCUUUGCAAACCAAAGAUCCAAAUGCGCAGGGUUCUUCCCUAAAUUUACAGCUAAUGAGGGUCUGUCACGCUAUCACACUGAUUUUGAAGAGCUUGAGCAAAUUGGUAGAGGGAACUUUAGUUGUGUCUUUAAAGUAUUAAAGCGAAUAGAUGGCUGCCUGUAUGCUGUGAAACGCAGCACUAGACAGUUACACCUGGAAACAGAAAGGAAAAAAGCUUUGAUGGAAGUUCAAGCUUUGGCAGCCUUGGGUUCUCAUGAGAACAUUGUGGGGUAUUAUUCUUCAUGGUUUGAAAGUGAACAGUUGUACAUUCAGAUGGAUAUAUGUGAUCAUAGCUUAUCCAAAUUCAAAGGCUCUGAGUUAUUAUCAGAAGGACAACUCUUAGAAGUUUUAUAUCAGGUUGCCAAUGCACUGCGAUUUAUACACGAGAAGGGAAUAGUUCAUCUUGACGUUAAGCCUGAUAAUAUUUAUGUUAAAAAUGGUAUUUAUAAGCUUGGAGAUUUUGGAUGUGCAACUCUUAUUGAUAAUAGCCUUCCAAUUGAAGAAGGAGAUGCCCGUUAUAUGCCCCAGGAAAUCCUCAAUGAGAAAUAUGAUCACCUUGACAAGGUUGAUAUUUUCUCGCUGGGAGCUUCUAUUUAUGAGCUCGUUCGAAAAUCACCUUUGCCAGAAUCACGAUGUCAUUUUUCAAAUCUAAAAGAGGGCAAGCUGUCACUCCUUCCUAGCAAUACAAUGCAAUUUCAAAACUUGCUCAAGGCCAUGAUUGAUCGUGAUCCAGUAAAGAGGCCGUCUGCCAGAGAAUUAGUAGAGAACCCAAUUUUUGAUAGGGUCUUAAAAACAGGGAAAAAUUGA